ACCAACAGCAGUUUACCGGGGAGGAUCAGCGGCUGAACAUCGCACAGUCAUGGUGAAGAAAAAGCGACUUCGCCUCAUCGCAGAGAUGGCUCGGAAGAUCCGGGCGUACCGAGAGCUCAAGUCCCGGCCGAAGGAGUCCCAGAAGUACGCCCUGGACUACGAGACCAUGAAGCGGCCUCUCACGGGGAAGAUGCUGCCCGUGCUGGCGUGGCAGGACGUCCGCAAGGAGAGCCGCCUCUUCUCCCUGCUGGCGAGCAUGAGGAUGUUCGGAGUGGGUCGUCUUUUCACCCGCAAGUCGUGGCUGGAGGAUCACUCGGAGCCCAGCUACUGGCAGGUCACCAAGGUCAAGGUGGACUACACGGCUGAGAACAUGGAUCAUGGCAAAGCCUGGGGGGUCCUCACCUACAAAGGUAGACAGGAGAACGAGGUCAAGGAGGUGGACAAGGUGAUGUACCACGACUGGCGUCUGAUCCCCAAACACAUGGAGCAUCAGUUUAAGGACUUUGAGCCGCUCCCUGAGCCGCCUGUGCGUUACGUCCCGUUCCCUCCUCUGCUCCGCGCCAUGAUGCUCGCCCAGCACAAGAAAGAGAGAGGCAGCGUGGUGAGCAAGGAGCCCGCGCUGCCGCUAAAGAGGGACGUCGUGCUCAACAAAGACUAUUUCCAGAGGCAGGAACAGGAUGGGCAGAGCUCACAGGGGACGGCAGUCUGAAGACAAAGGGGUCCCUCAUUCUGGACUAUUUGGACCAAACACACUGCAGACCUUCACCUUAAAGUCCUACAAAAACCUCGACUCCUACUGCUGUUCAUCCAAAGCAGGCCUCUCUUGGUGUCAUAUGUUUGAUGUUGUUCAUAUUAAAUCUGAGUUUAAACACA